AUGCCGAACAAGCUGAUGCUGGCCUUCAUCGGCUUCGAUUUACUCUUCGCUGGAUGCGGAGGACUGCUGCUGGGCUUUUCGUUGAUGUCGGAGGCAGCGAUGCGGGAAACACAGACCGUAGCGAACGUCACCCAGAAUCUACUGCUCGGCCAGUGCCCUUUGACAGCUGGUGUUGUCAAUGCCAUCUUCGUCUUCGCUACCUUCCUCUUAUCCUUGCCGGCACUCUUCCUCCCUACGAACCGAGGCUGGCUCCGCCUUCAAGGCUGGCUCGUAGUCAUCUGUGCAACCUUCACACUCAGUCUGGGUGUUGCUAUCUGGGUAGAGACGCUGCAGACGCGCCGGAACCUGAGCGUUCUCUGGGGACGGGAGACACCGCAGAUCCAGUCUCUUCUGCAGCAAAAGUUUGACUGCUGCGGAUACGUCAACGCCACUACGCCUCCCUUCGUCCAGGAUUCAACUUGUAGCAACGCUCUUGUCGCAGCUCAGAAGGGUGGAUGCAUUGGUCCCUUUUCUUCAUUCACCAACCGCUACCUUGAUCAGAUCUUCACCGCGGCCUUUGGUAUUGUUGGUGUUGACUUCAUACUGGUCCUUUGCGUGGCCAUGGUUCUGAAGUACAGGAUGGAGCAGGAGCGCUACAGGCACAUUGACGAGAAGAAUGGCGGAGGGUUCUAG